UUCACUUAUUCUCUUCGCUUCUGGGCUUAUUUUCACUCCUUUUGAAAGUUACACAAACUCAAACAGAAAAACAGGGAUCAAAGUAUACAAAAAGGGAUAUAAUAAUUACUUUGCUGAACUAAUAUGCCAAGAAAAGGAAUGAGAAGCAUCUUCUUCAAACAAUCACCUCCUCCACCCACAUCAUCACUCCCACCUUUAAUUGACGAAAACAUCAAAACCGCAGAGUCUCUCAUAACCAAAUGGGAUUAUUCCACACCCAACCAAUCCAUAAUCACUCCUCUUUUUAGCGGCACACGCGACGAAGCCAAACAGUACCUUAACGCCGUCAAGGGACUACAAUCCGCUAUGCAGAACCUGGCCGCACACGAUCCCACCUCCAACACCCUUGUUAGAGCACAUUUGUUGAUGCAAGUCGCAAUGAAGACGCUCGAGAAAGAGUUCUACCAGAUAUUAUCCGCAAACAGAGAUCACUUGGAUCCCGAAACCGUCUCCAACCGUUCCUCCACCGAUCGCGGAAGCAGCGUUUCUGAUUUCGACGACGAAUUCUCCGAGGACGAGUUUCGCGUUUCCGAAACGGAGAGGGUUUCCAUGCUCGCCAUGGCGGAUUUGAAGGCAAUUGCGGAAUCCAUGAUUUUUUCCGGCUACGGAAAAGAGUGCGUCAAGGUUUACAUCACCAUGAGAAAAUCGAUCGUGGACGAGGCACUGUAUCAUCUUGGAGUAGAACGGUUGAGCUUCUCUCAGGUCCAGAAGAUGGACUCGAAAGUGCUCGAGUUGAAAAUUAAGAGCUGGUUGAACGCCGUCAAAGUCGCCGUCGGGACUCUGUUUAACGGCGAGAGAAUCCUCUGCGAUCACGUCUUCGCUGCGGCUUCGGAGAAGAGAAUCGCGGAGUCUUGCUUCGCCGAGAUUACAAAAGAUGGCGCCGCGUCGCUGUUUGGAUUCCCGGAAAUGGUGGCAAAGUGCAAGAAAACGCCAGAGAAAAUGUUCAGGACUCUGGAUUUGUACGAAGCAAUUUCCGACAACUGGCUACAAAUUGAAUCAAUCUUCUCGUUCGAAUCAACCUCAAAUGUUCGCUCACAAGCAGUUACGUCUCAGGUGAAGCUCGGCGAGGCCGUUCGGAUGAUGUUAUCUGACUUCGAAUCGGCGAUUCAGAAGGACACCUCCAAGACGGCGUUGCCAGGCGGUGGGGUCCACCCUCUCACGCGCUACGUGAUGAACUACAUCACUUUCCUCGCCGAUUACAGCGGCAUACUCGCUGACAUCGUCGCUGAUUGUCCGCAAUCUCCGUUGCCGGAGUCUUACUAUCGCAGCCCGACGCACGAGGAAAAUCCGUCUUCGUCCGAUAUAUCGGAGAAGAUCGCGUGGCUUAUACUCGUCGUGCUCUGCAAGCUUGAUGGAAAAGCAGAACUCUACAAGGACAUAGCGCUUUCCUACUUGUUCCUUGCCAAUAACAUGCAAUACGUCGUCGUUAAGGUCCGCAAAUCCAACCUAGGGUUCGUUCUCGGAGAGGAUUGGUUGGCGACGCACGAAUUGAAGGUUAGAGAGUACGUUUCCAAGUAUGAGCGCCUAGGGUGGAGCUCCGUGUUGUCGUCGCUGCCGGAAAAUCCCAAGGCGGAGUUGCCGGCGGAACAAGCCAGGGCUUGCUUCGUUAGCUUCAACGCAGCGUUUCAUGAAGUUUGCAGGAAACAGUCCUCGUGGACCGUAUCCGACUCGAAACUGCGAGACCAAAUCAAAGUCUCGAUAGCUUCGAAACUGGUUCCCAAGUACAGUGAAUUCUACGAGAAGAAUCGGGUCGGGUCGGAUCAAGUUGUAAGAGUUUUACCCGAUGAAAUAGGGAAUAAUUUGUCUGACAUUUUGUAUGGGAUUGGAGAUUCGGGUAGCGUCUCGUCACAUUCUUCGUCGACGACGUCGUCUCCGCGUCGCUCCAAUCGCCGGUGAUGUUGGAGGUC